CCACUUGGCGCCCCGCUACAAGCGAGCAGGAAGCAAACACCCCCACCCCACCGUUACAAGCCUUCUUGUACUCGGGGGAGUUGCCGGCGCUUCUCCGGGCAGGGCAGGCCGAGUGCCGGGCCCGGCGCUGUUGUCCAUGUUGCUAGGGCUACUCGGCUUCAUCCGACCGCGUAGAGACUCGUCCGGCCAUCUUCGCCCUCCUUGACAACUGUCCAGGGCACGUUAGUGUAGUUCUACUUUUCUGGCCAUUAUUCAGCGUCUGCUUACAACUGAAUUUCUUUCAUGUCUAAUUUAGUGGUAAGCUCGCGUUUGCAAUCUGCGGAUCAGUUUCAGUAGAGAUGAGGUCUGUUUACCAAAGUUGCUUGACGACGAGUGCAUCAUACCGUGCAGUGCUUGGCUGACAAUGGCAGAUGAAUUGGAAAAGUUUCUUAAGGAACAAAGGGACAAAUUAGCACAAGAUAAAAUCGAGCUGGACCAAGAUCCACCAUAUAUGGAGAUGAGAACAAAGUCUUCAAAACCAUUUGGUAAGACUAAUCAAGCAGCUCACUCAUCUACCAAUGCAAAUAACCACCCAACCAUGCAACCUAUGAAAGACAAUCUACAAACGGAUAGAUCUAAAGAUGAAAACUAUGGGGUAAGCCUGCAACUUGGAUUAGAAUAUGAUCAAAAGAAACAGAAAUUGAAGGAGGAACUUCGGCAAGACUACAGACGCUACAUGGCUGAGAAAAAUGCUAGGAUUCAAAGGGAGUUGCAGCCAACAGUCGAGAGCCUUUCACUUCCCAUCUCUGACAGAAAAUCGGCAAAGGACAGAUUGAGAAUAGAAAGAAACCAGGAAUACAAUCAAUUAUUAAGAGCGCAAGACAAAAAUGAACAAGUCAGAAGAGACGGCAGAUGGAUUCCAAAGGAGAAUAUUGAUCCUUCGGAUGAAUCCAGAUUUCAGGCUGCACCUCAUGUUAGAUCUGGUCAACCCCUACAUGAACCGGUUUCUUAUAGGAAUGAUGCAUAUACAUCAAUGCAGGCCUAUGAGGAGUUGUUGAAUAAAAAGCGUCAGGAAGAACAUAGAUAUCGCAGGUCUGAUGAUCCUGAAGUUGGUCAUAGAAGAUUAUUCCUUUCCAGAAAUGUACAGACGCAGACAGAUAGAUCAUGGGAUUAUGAAAAUAAUUUUUCAGAUUCAGGCAACUACUUCGAAAGAUUGAAAAAUGAGUACAGGCAAUACAAAGAACUACGUGAUCAGAAAAAACCAAUGUACAUUGAAGAUGAGUAUAAGAAAGACCACAGAAGGCGACCUGUUACAGCAACUGAGAAAUCUAGAUUUUUGACAAAUGAAAUACAUGACUCACCAAGAGAACGGUCCAAGUCUGCUGUAGUGAAAGAUGAUGCUGUGUUUGGUACUAGUUUAUUAUUUGGUAACAAUGAGCGUGAGAGUGCUCAGAGAAGAAGAAGGGAAAGAUACGGACAAGAAUUGCUAGAACAAAUAUCAGAAAGGCAGAAUAACAAGAGACGGGAGAAGGAACUUGAGCUUAAUGUUGCUGCUUCAGGAGCUGUGGACCCAGAGAAGGAACCAGAUCGAAUACGGCAGUUUGGUGCUGUUAUGCACCAACACAAUUCCCGCAGGCACGAUGCCCUUGACCAGAGAGGUGGAGUCCAUUUUGCAAAAUAUUCAAGUGAUGAUGGAUUUGCCGAGGGACAGCCACCUGAACGUCCCAGGGUAGCUUUCCAGACUCCUGUAAUUGAUGAUCGGAAUCUGACCGGUGGAAUGUGGAAUCCCCUUCGGAAUAUGAUGGCUCCAAGGCUUACUGCAGUUCCUCCUCCUCCACCACCACUGCUGAUGGAACAGUACCAUACUCCUUAUGACAAUGCUUAUUAUUUUUAUGGGGCUAGAAAUCCUUUGGAUCCACACUUGGCUCACUAUGGCCCAGGAGUCAUUGGAGCACAGCCUGUAUCCUUGAUCAAUCCUUCCAGUAGGCUGGCCAACAUGCCCAUGCAAAGUUAUCCACAUAUUGCCUCUGUAGACCAAUCUUUCGCGCCAAAUGUUUAUGAUGCCACCACUAUUAGAAAUUCAGAAGGUGGAUUCUUACCAGAGCAGCAAGCAGGUUUUUCAAAGCAAAAUCCACAAACCUACAAGGAUUUCUUGCAAAAACAGAUGCAAGAACGAGAGGAAAGGAAGAAAAAAGAAAAGGAAGAAACACUGAAAUAUGAUGCAAAAGUUGAGCAGGAAAUGAAAAUUUACAAUCCAUGGGGAAGAGGAGGUGGAGGUGCACCUCUAAGAGAUGCAGAAGGAAAUUUGCUAACUGAUCUGAAGAAAAUGCAUAAACAGAAUGAAAAUGCCUACAGGGGCUUCCCUCAGCAACAAAAUCAAGAUCCUAAAGUCACGGUACCUCUUGAUCAGAAUUUAACCAGACCAGGUGCUGCAACUCCUCAAGAGAAAGCCAGAGGUUUUACUUUUGCAAAUGCAUCACAAUAUUCCCAAGGAAAUCCGAUCAUCGAUCAACAAAUUGAAAGAAAAGUUCCAGAUCAGGAAAAAUAUAAAGAAUAUCUACGCUUACAAAUUGAAGAAAAGCGGCGUAAAGCAGAGGAAGAACGUGAAAACAGUAAACUUGAAGAGCAACGAGAAGAAAAGCGGUUUGCUGAACAGAGAGUACGAAUUGCAAAAGAACUUGAAGAGGAACAGGAAAAGAAACGACGUAAAGAAGAGGAGCAAAAGCUCAAAAAUGAAGAAAUUGUACGAUUGGCUGAAGAACGUCGUAAAGUAGCAGAAAAAAAGCGAAAAGAAGAGGAGGAAAAACAGGAGGAGUUAUUUCAACAGCAUGCGGAAAGGGCAGAGCGUGAAAGGGUAGACGAAAAGAGAACACCUUCUCCACCAAUUCCAACUGUGAAGAACAAACAGGUUACAGAUCCAAGAGCUGAUUUGCCUCCUUCUUCAAAUGGCUCCAUCCAUGAAUUAGACAUACAACAUCCACAUUCUGGGACCAAGUCACCGCCUGUUCCAGCUCGACGAAACCAACUUCGAGCAAAUGAGGAAAAGAGAGAUAUAAUUAGUGAGUUGUCAGCUUUGAGGAAACAGCUGCGAAGCGAGGAACGUCGUCUUGAGGACCAGUUUCAAAAUGCUGACAUGGAAGAUGAUGGAGCAGUUGCCAUGGGCAGGAAGCGAGAUAGAAAUCACGUUGAUGUCUUUGAUUUGGCUAGACAACGUAUACAGGCCCUGGUACACCGACCUUCUUCAAAAGGGCUAGAUUCUGUUAAUUUACAAAACAUUAGAGAAUUCAAUGACCUAAAGUACAGAGAUUCAGCAACACGUGCUCAAGUAAGACAACAGUAUCCAGACCCUCCAAAUGAUAGUAAUACACUGGAGAUUCAACAGGAGGCCUUAUUGAGAGAACAGCAAAAGAAACUGGACACCAUGAAAAGGAAACAAGCAGCUUCCCAUAUGAAUUCACGCAAUAUUGAAUUGCAGGCAAGAGGUUCCCAGGAAGACUUAAUGAAGAAUUCUUUGCUGGAAUCAGAAAGUGCCUUUUUAGGAAGUCAUGGAGAAACUUUCCCUUAUCCUGUAGAUGUUGGGACAACAGCAACUGAACUACCUCCACGCGAGAGACGGCGCCGGAAUCAAAAUAGACAGGACUUGGAAUCUGAUGUUCCACCUGCUGUUCAACCCCUAUCACAGCCAGAUUCCAUCUCCCUACACUCUGCAUCCAGUUUUAAUGUGGAGCAAGUAAGAGCCAGAAAUGAGCGGCGAAUGAAACGUUUGCAGGAUAUGCAGCAUCCAGGUAAUGAUGCAGUUGAUGAUGACGACUUUCUGAGCCAGUUCAUUUUAAAAGAUAAGGAAAGACCAAGCUCUGUUGAAACAGAAGCCACCGACGUAUGGCUACGACCAGGAACAUCAGAAACUUUAAAGAGGUUUAUGGCUGAUCAUACGCAACUUGACCGAGGACCUUCAGAUCUUGCAUCUGAUUUCAACUGGAGAAGGCAAACGCACUUUACGGCAAAUGACUAAUUUGGCUGGGAAAAUUAGUCAAUUAAUAUAUGUGCCUUCAAACGGGGAAACAAGUCAUCCUUGAUGCACUUUGUUAUUUAGCUACUAUUCAGGACAUUGUAUACAAAUGAUUUUCCUCUGCUAACCAAUAAGUGGCCUUUAAUGAAAAGCUAAAUAAGCCCCCAAAAUUAUUUUAUCCAUUUGUUGUUUCUCACUAAUUGCAAAUUGGUAUAAUUUCCACAUGAUUAAUUAUUCACAAAUUUACACUGGAAAAGGUCACAACAAAUUUUGCAUACUGAACCUGGCACUAAUUUGUGCUGCUGCUUGGAUGUGACUUGUGUUUCUUUUUUUUUUGUACUUGAAUUUUAUUUAUAUUGGUAUUCAAAUCCGUUGAAAUGAAAGUCUGUAAAAAUAAAGUUGUAUUUUAAAAGGAAAUUGAUUAGUAAUGGUCAAUGUUUAAUACAGCUCCAGGUAAGAGUAUUCUUCCUCCUCCUAACAUUAAUCAAGUGUUAAUAUCCUUGUAUUUUAAUGGCCGAGUUAACGUACUAAAACAGAGAUAUAAGACAUAAAAAUGCUGGAAUCUUGAGCAAAAUCUAAAGUGCUGGAGAAACUCAGUAUUUCAGGCAGCAUCUGAGGAGGGAAAUGUCUUGUGCAACAAACAAAGUCUCUCCACACAUUUCCCUCCACAGAGGCUGCCUGACCCACUGAGUUCCUCUCAUACUAUUUAUUUGUAAUAAAACCUCUAAGACUUGGUACUUUCUUGUUGUAACAUCUGUCAGUUCAACCUCUUCAAACAUGACAACAAAAUAAGAUACCCCCCAGCUAGAAUGUUCUAAAUAUAGUAGUUUGUAGCUAAAGAUGUUUCUUAUGACUACCUAACUUUUCAACAACUCUCUUUAUAUCGAUGACCUCUUGCUAACAAAAGCACCCCCCCAGUGUUACCUAGCAGGUACCCAAUUAAGUAUCUCUACGAAGGGGAACUUACCAGCUUUUUCACAUAACAGAACUUCCAUAUAUCUGGCGAUUCAUAAUUAAAAUCCCUUUAACAUUUUGACAUCCUGAAGUACAGCAUUGAGAACUAUAUAUAACACUGCUACAAAUUAUUGGUUAGGCUUUAUGAUAACAGUUUAGCAUUGAUAUAUUUUUCUGCUCAUUCAAUGCCCAGUUUAAGAAGCUGAGUAUUCUUUCUGCUUAUUUGCACUGCCAUUGACAGUUUGUAAAUGUGCAGUUCACUCUGCUCCUGCACCUCCUUCAAAUCACUUGAACUGAAGGAACUGAGAGAGAUGAAUUUUUAAUUGAUUUGAAAUAUUACAUUAAAUAUUUAUUUUUUAAAUUAGCAUGAUUAUUUCAGAAGAGUUGUCAAUGCUUCAACCAAAUCUGGGGGUGUGUUUUAUCUGCAGUAAAAGUGAUUUUGGGAUUAGGUCUUGCCAUUUCCAGGUGGAUGGCCUCACAGAUCAGAGUCCAUUUUUGAGGACAAUGGUCCCAGUACUGGUGGAGGAAUAACAAGCCUAUGCUAGAAGGAACCAUACCAUAAGCCUGCAGUUACCUGCAGUCUGUAGUUUACACAUCAUUAUUUCAUAUAUUAAAAUAGGCUAUCAUUCCACCAUCUUUAUACCAAGGUUUUACUUCCAAUGCAUUUCCAGGUAAUUCAUAUAACGAAGAAACAAUUGUUCUAAUGACUGGGCGGCAACGGCACACAGCCAGGAGAGUUUCAGUUCCAGUGCUUCAAUCCUGACCUCUGGUGGUGGGAGGGGAGAUUGCACAUUCUCCCUGUAGGUGAGUUGGUGGAUGGGUUUCCUUUGAGUGCUCCAGUUACUCCCCACAUUCUAAGGAUAUGUAGGUGUGGUAGAUUCUGGAGUAAUUGAUGGGAACAUGGGGACAAUAAUAAAACACAUUGAAUUUAGUAUAAGAUUAAUUUGAGUGCAUCCUUGUCAAUUAGCACAGACUUAUAAGAUCACAAGAAAAUUGGAUCAGAUAGUCUACGUGCCAAUGAAUAUGAACUUGGCUGGUCCAUCGCAGGUUUCAAAUCCCUUGUAGACUGCCUGUACUGAAGAGAUGUGACAGAGACAAUGAAACUAGGGAAACUAUGGAAUAAAAUAUGGUAUUUACAAGAUGCAAAGUUUGAUGAGCUUGUUGGAAUCGUCAGUCUUCUGAAAUCAAAAAAGGGAAUUAAAAAAAAAAAAAUCAGAGAAUGAUCAGAGAGUCAGUAUCCCAUCCACAAGAGUGUAAAGACAGUUACACUCACCUUAUUUCUAGGAU